AUGGAAAAUUUAAAACUUUAAAUAAUAUGCUUGCUUGUUUAUUACCAUCAGAUCCAAAAUCUGAUAGUUUCAUUACGUUACAACAUGAUCAUUGUAGAUAUAGUGUUGAUGUUGUGUCAAAUAUUGUCGAAGCAUUUGAAAAAAAAGGAUACACAUUCGAAACUGUUGCUGAAUGUUUAGGGAAUAAUGUUGCUCCUUAUAAAAAUAAUAAUACAAUUCAUACGACCUCUGGAUCAUCUGCUUUAAAAUAUUCUGGAUCUA